GCCACUCUCCAGUAGUCCAGCUCUUUCCUAUCCUUUGGAAAACCUUGAUCUGCUUCCAUGGACUCCCAAAACUUCACCUGUGGAGCUGCACCAAAGGAAAGAGAGGAAAACUAUGGCCUCAGAGAAUUAGAAUCUGUUAACAGCAAUGUGAAUGAACAGAAGGUGAAAAGUACUUUCAAGUUUGCAAACUGCAUUAAGAGGAAGGAAUCAGCAGGCUGGAGUUCAGCAAUUCUGCUGCUAGCAAAUCAAGGCCUUGCAACACUAGCUUUUUUUGGGGUUGCCGUGAAUUUGGUUCUGUUCUUAACCAGAGUUCUUGGUCAGGACAAUGCUUCUGCAGCCAAUAAUGUCAGCAAAUGGACUGGAACUGUUUAUUUGUGCUCCUUGGUGGGGGCAUUCCUCAGCGAUUCAUACUGGGGCCGUUACAUGACCUGUGCAAUAUUUCAACUGAUUUUUGUGCUGGGAUUGGUACUCUUAUCUCUAUCGUCGUGGCUUUUCUUGAUCAAACCUGAGGGAUGUGGUGAUGGCAAACAAAUUUGCAUUCCCUCAUCUUCAAUUGGCAGUAUCAUAUUUUACUUAUCAAUGUACUUGGUGGCCUUUGGCUACGGUGGGCACCAACCCACAAUAGCCACCUUUGGAGCAGAUCAAUUUGAUGAGACAAACCCGAAACAGAAGGAUUCCAAGGCUGCUUUCUUCUGCUACUUUUACUUUGCACUCAAUGUUGGUUCUCUGUUCUCCAAUACCAUUUUAGUCUACUAUGAAAACACUGGUGAAUGGAUACUAGGAUUUUGGGUGUCCACAGGUUCUGCUGUUCUAGCCUUAUUAGCAUUUCUGUUGGGGUCACGGGGUUAUCGAUAUGUUAAACCUUGUGGCAACCCUCUACCCCGGGUAGCUCAGGUAUUCGUUGCUGCAGCCCGGAAGUCGAAUUUAGCUCUGGCCGAUGGUAAAGACCUACAUGAGAUGGAUGGAUCAGAGUCUGCAAUUAAAGGGAGUAGGAAGAUUCUUCAUAGUGAUGAGUUUCAGUGUUUAGAUAAGGCAGCAAUAGUGACAGCAGAAGAUCAAUGUGGCCCAAUAAAUCCCUGGAGGCUAUGCACUGUCACUCAAAUUGAAGAAGCCAAAUGUAUUAUUAGAAUGUUACCAAUUUGGCUGUGCACUAUCAUAUACUCUGUUGUUUUCACACAAAUGGCUUCCCUCUUUGUUGAGCAAGGCGAAGUCAUGAAUUUAAACAUUGGAAGUUUUCGCCUUCCAGCCGCUAGCAUGUCUGCUUUUGAUAUCUGCAGUGUCCUCAUUAGCACUGGAAUUUACCGCCAAAUCUUGGUGCCUCUGGCUGGCAAAUUUAGUGGAAACCCAAAGGGUCUUACCGAGCUUCAACGCAUGGGGGCCGGGCUUAUUAUUGGAUUACUAGCCAUGGUUGCAGCUGGUUUCACCGAACUUGAAAGGCUUAAAUGGGUAAUCCCUGGCAAACAGAAUAGCUCUCUAAGCAUAUUUUGGCAAAUUCCACAGUAUGUACUUGUUGGUGCAUCAGAGGUUUUCAUGUAUGUUGGUCAGCUGGAGUUCUUCAAUGGGCAAGCACCAGAUGGAAUAAAAAGCUUUGGAAGUUCUCUUUGCAUGGCUUCGAUUUCUCUUGGCAAUUAUGUCAGUAGUAUGUUGGUUAACAUGGUAAUGGGGAUUACAGCCAGAGGCAACAGUCCUGGUUGGAUCCCGGAGGACCUAAACGAUGGCCACAUGGACAGGUUUUACUUCCUUAUCGCAGCCCUUACUGCAGUUGAUUUUGUGGUAUAUGUGUUUUGUGCUAAGUGGUACAAAUGCAUAAACAUCGAGGAAAGUCAAGUUGAAACUUACAAAGAAGGACAAACAGAAGAAGAAGUGCUUAGCAGACUCUAAGUGCAUAUAUGCUCCAGUAGUCACAAAAUUGUCCCACUCUUUAGGCUUUUAUUUGGAUAGAAACUUUUGAUCUGCAUUAUCAAAAUAAGGAAGCAAGACCCUCUAAUUAGUGAGAUCUGAAGAAAACUGCUGAUGGUCAUGAUUCCUUCUUCUCUAGUUGUGAUAGGACUUGCG